AUGCUGCCAGCCAAAACCUGCCUCUUGGCCCUGGCCUCGUACCUGGCCCUCGCAGCCAGCGUACACGCCGUCCCCUCGACGUACCAGCGCCCCUUUGCCAUCAACGUCGCAGCGCCAGCAGACGACGCCCGCCUGGCCACCCUCAUCGGCCAUGACGACGUCGCCGUAGAUUACCCCGUCGACGCGCAGCGCCUCUCGCGCCUCACGCCGCGCUUGAUGCCCGGCUACUACAACCGCCUCGCCCGCAAACACCAGAGGCAGCUCGAGCAUCAGACGCAACGCAACCACAUGCUCCACCGCAGCAGCGUCGUCAAGCAGCCCUCCAACUUCCUCGCAGAGCUCUCCGCGAAGCUGCUCGGCGGCACCGCCGAAGCAGACGCCAUCGACCGCGACCACAACAUCUACCAGCCUGCCUACCUCACACAGCCUCUCGACCACUUUGGCAACACGACCCAGGCCACCUUUGAGCAGAAGUUCUACUACUCGCUCCGCCACUACCGCCCCGCCAGCCAGCGCCCCGACGGCGAGGCCGUGCCCGUCUUUAUCCUCGACAGCGGCGAGGCAGCCGUCGAGGCCCGCCUCCCCUUCCUCGAGAGCGGCAUCCUCGACAUCCUCGCAAAGGCCACCGGCGGCAUCGGCAUCGUCCUCGAGCACCGCUACUACGGCACAUCGACGCCCAACCGCACCGCCCUGGGCCCAGGAGAGACGUGGGGCACCGACGAGCUGCGCUGGCUCACCAACAAGCAGGCUCUCGAGGACAGCGCCCAGUUUAUCCGCCGCCUCCGCAUCGACGGCACCGAAAACGGCGAGAAGCGCAAGGUCAUCUACUACGGCGGCAGCUACCCGGGCGUCCGAUCGGCCCACAUGCGGCUCCUCUACCCGGAUCUCGUCCACGGCGCCAUUGCAAGCUCGGCCGUGGUGGCCGCCAUCGACGAGUUCCCAGAGUACUUUUACCCCAUCGCACGCGGCGCCGAUGCCCGGUGCAGCCAGGCGAUCCAGGCGGCCGUUGCCGGCAUCGACGAGAUCCUCGCGCCCGACCCGCUCGCCGGGUCCAAGCAGGUCAAGCGCAACGAGACCGAGGCUCGCCAGCUGCUCGACCUGUUCGGACUCAAGGAGCUCACCGAGCCGGCCGACCUCGCCAACCUGCUUGCAGCGCCGCUCGGAGCAUUCCAGAGCCUCAACUGGGACCCCAACGUCACGUCGACCGAGUUUGGCGAUCUCUGCCACACGCUGACCCACUACGGCACAAAGGGCUACGGCACGAUGUCCAAAUCGGCCUCGAUGGUCGCCUCGGGCCUCUCCGUGUCGCGCGAGGUGCACGCCUACGCCAAGUUCAUCCGGUCGCACUAUGUCCUGCCCUGCCUGCGCGGCGACCACGGUCACGGCGGCGGCGACGACGAUGACGAUGACGGCGGCAACCCGCUCAUGCUGGCGUCUCGGCCGCACACCGGCGCCGAGGGCGAGCAGAGUCGGGCCGACGCCUGUUUCGGCAGCGGCGACCUGUCGUCGUUUGUCAAUGCCACCAAGCUGACGGCGGGCAAGGCGUGGACCUACCAGUACUGCACGACGUGGGGCUACAUCAUGACGUCGCCUCCUGUCGCUGCGGCCUGGACCAAGGAGGGACGUCCGAUUGCCUCGGGACCCAAGCUGAUCAGCACGCUGGUCGACUACGACUUUGCACACGACAUCUGCGUGCGCGGCUUCCCCAAGGGCGAGGUCAACGAGGUGCCACCACGGCCCCGCGUCGACGAGGUCAACGAGUUGGGCGGGUUUGAUAUACAGAUGGACCGUCUGGCCUUCGUCGAUGGUCAAUUCGACCCGUGGCGUCCAGCCACGUUGCACAGCGAGGAGUUCAACUACGGCGGCGCGCGACCCGAUACGGUCCUGCGUCCCUUCCAGCUCAUCCCGCACUGCUGGCACCACUGCGACGAGAACGGCGUCAGGGACCCGGCCAAGACGGCCAAGCGCGUACAGAAAAUCCACGAUGCCCAGAUCGGCUACGUGCGCGAGUGGCUCAAGAUGGAUUGA